GCAGCAGUGGGAGUCGCGGAGGGGGUCGGGAGAGCUUAGAUUGAGGGGCUGGCGGGCGGGCUCAGUAACGGAGGUGCCUCGAGUCUCCUCCGGUGCUUGGGCCGUGGUCACCUCCUGGGGCUUGGGGCUAAGUGCUUCUCUCGAUCACCUCCUUGCGGGCUAAGGAUUGGUCACUCCAUCCCCCACCCCUAUCGCUCACCCAGGGAGAAGGCGUCCAGAGUAGUGACGUCAUGCCCGGCGGGUUUCUCGGCGUUUGACGUCAGGCCGGUUGGGGGCGGGGUCUCCGCCCUUCCCCCACUCGGUCGGGCGCGACCCGCUUGGGAGGCCGGUUCGCUCCGGUUGAUCCCGGAUUCUCUUUGUUUCUUUGGUCCUAAAGGACUGAGGGCUUCACGCCUCUUGGCCCUGACCGCCUCCCUUGUUGAUUAAUUUCUAAUAAGGGAGAGGACGCCCCGAAUUAGGUUCUUAGAGGGGUCUGAUUCUUUUUUGAGAUAAUCCCGGGAUGACAAUGUUCUGGUUAUUUUCUAGAGGAAUUGCUUACAAUUACGUUAAAUUUUAGAUACCCGUGACAGGAAAUACAAAAGGUGCUGCGUUUCUGUAAUACUUUUUUUUUAAUUUAAAAGUUCUUGGCGUGUAUGUUAUUAGUUGUUGCAGCUUAUAAAUAGCUUAACCGUUUUCCUUUUUAGAAACCAACGCUAGUGCUUUCAAUAAAGAUUGUAACGUUGAAGCGUCAAACCAGACUCACUUGACUGAAAAUUAUUUUUUAUAGCAUUACUAUUAGAGAAAUAUCCAUGGUACACCUGGUAGUUGUAAAGGCCUGUUUUGAAAACGAACUCUUAUUAUAGGCGAACUGUUACGUCAGAAAUAGUUCAGAAGUGUUUUGGAGGAAGGAAAAAUAGAAAUUUUUGUUGCUACUGGUGUCUCUGAACCCCCUCUUCAAAACUAGUUUGUCCCAGAAACUUUUGAAUUGAGAUACAGAUAUGGGAAUGUUUCUGUCUUCUCUGCAGGAGAAAUAAUACCCGUCUCCGGUCGAAACCCUUGGGGCCCCCGUAUUUUGGAAUUUGGAAAUCUUUGAAUUUUUAUCUUUAGAUUUUAGAAAGCCAGUGUAGUGCAUAAACAGGUGAUGAUACCCCCAACAGGGUGAGUGGCAGCACCCAAAACCAACAUGUAUUUGUAUAUCUACGUGUGAAUAGUCACUCUUUUAAGGGGGGAUUAUUAGAAACUACAGAUAGUCUCAGUUCAGGUUUUUCCACCAAGUAAGUUUUGUACCAAAAUUGGGACGGUUUCAUUUUCAAAGGUUUGGGGAUUGACAACUGCAGAUAAGGCAGUUAACAAUUAUUGCAGAUAACAAUCGCUGUUAUAUGUCAUGUGGACCAUAUAACAGUGAUUGUAAAAGCUAGUAUUUGUUGAACUUUUGCUCUGUGCCAGACAGUGAUUCAGAGAUUUGUUUGUUUAUUGUAUAAGCGUCACAGCACAUUUGUGAGGUAGAUACUAUUCAUGUCUUCUUUUUACCUCCGAGGUUUGGAGAGUUUAAUUUGUCCAGGGUCCAGAGCCAGCCAGUGAAGAGCUACAGUUGAACCUAGGCAGUCAUUCUUUCAGCGUUCACUUUUUUGACCAAAUAUUCACCUGUCCGUUUAUAAAAGAAGACAAGAGAAUUUGAUAUUUGUUGCCCAUCCACUUUUUCCAGGAAAAUGUCUGAAGAGUUUUCGUUGGCAGAUGCACUACCCGAACACUCCCCUGCCAAAACCUCUACUGUUAGCAAUACAAAACCUGGUCAACCUCCUCAAGGCUGGCCAAGUUCCAACCCUUGGAAUAACCCAAGUGCUCCACCUUCUGUGCCGUCUGGACUCCCACCAAGUGCAACACCUUCUGUGCCUUUUGGACCUGCACCAACCGGAAUGUAUCCCUCUGUGCCUCCCACCGGACCGCCUCCAGCACCUUUUCCUCCUUCUGGACCAUCAUGUCCUCCACCUGGUGGUCCUUACCCAGCCCCAAGUGUGCCAGGCCCUGGCCCCACUGGGCCAUAUCCUACACCAAAUAUGCCCUUUCCAGAGCUUCCUAGACCAUAUGGUGCACCCACAGAUCCAGCUGCAGCUGGUCCUUUAGGUCCAUGGGGUUCCAUGUCUUCUGGACCAUGGGCACCAGGAAUGGGAGGGCAGUAUCCUACCCCUAAUAUGCCAUACCCAUCUCCAGGGCCAUAUCCCAUUCCUCCUCCUCCCCAAGCACCAGGGGGAGCACCACCUGUACCAUGGGGCACUGUCCCACCAGGAGCGUGGGGACCACCAGCACCAUAUCCUGCCCCUGCAGGCUCAUAUCCCACACCAGGACUCUAUCCUACCCCCAGUAAUCCUUUUCAAGUGCCUUCGGGACCUUCUGGUGCUCCACCAAUGCCUGGUGGCCCCCAUUCUUACCAUUAAGUUAAUGGAUGAAGAGAUGACGCUUUGCUUUUUGAAGUACAUAUAUAUAUGCACAUGACUGCAUAUAUAAAAAUUGCUGAUUUCACUAUUCUUAGAGGGCAUUCAUGAAAGAACAACUCUUGCACCUCUCAGAGAAGAUAUCUGCCUCUUGUACUUGGAUGUACAUUUGGAACAAUCAGAUAAAAACGUAAAUCAUUCAAAUGUGAUUUUUAUUUGGUUUUCAUGGAAAGUUAAAGUGAUUAAGUAUAUUGAAUAGCUCUUUAAUAGAAUUUGUUUAAAACAUGAAACUACACACUUAAAAAUCUAAGAUGAUGUGGACUGUUGUUAGAAUCUAUUUCAUUGGCAAGUUAGUUCAAGUAUUUUUCUAUGAUCACUUUUUCCCUAAAUAAACACACUUUGAAAACAGUCAUAUGGCCAUAAUUUAAACAAGUGAUGCCUCUAAACAUUUUGAGCUGCUCUAUCUAUAGGAUAAAUAAAUCUGGUCCUCUUGAGGUUAUAUUUUGGAUAUACAUUUUAAAACUGUCAGUAAUUAUUGCCACAUGUUGAGUUAAUUAACCAGCCAAUGUUCUUUGUUAUCCUUGAGCUUUGAUUAGAAAAAACUUUUUCUUCAUUUUGAGUUCCACUUAGCCUGUUUUGUUUUUAGCCAGAUGGGUCGUACACCUGUAAAAUCUGCCAUUUUUGAAAAAAACAAUUCUUUUUAAUCCCGGCCAACGUGUACAUAAAUUAUGUUCUUACAGAAUUGGUGAUGUCUUUUUAUUCUUUUAGAAUGUAUUAUGAGAUACCCAUAUUGCUUUGAGAAGAGCUCAAGGAAAGAAAAAUUUUCUUCUUUGUUUUGAACCUCAAGCCAGAGGAAACCCCGGGAAUUGCUUCAUAGCAACAAGUAAUUUGCGUUCCCACAAGACCUGAGGCAGCUAUGCUGCCCAGACCAUUCCCUGUAGCCCCACUCUCAGUUCUUUAGAAGGAGCACAUCGUUAAUUCCUCCCUGAUAACGGAAAACUGGCACACUCCUAGGGAUCUACCAUAAACAUAUCGCAGUUACAUUUAGAGAACCUUAAGUCAUACAAGCAUGACUGUUCUCUUUGUACAAGUGCGAAUCAAAAUAUGUAUCUAUCUUUCAGUCUGGUUAUAAUGUGUCGUUUGUCUCCUGCAUAGUUUCCUGAAUCUGUUUGUAAAGCUUAUGGCUAACAGUUCAGUUCUGUAUUUGUUGACAGGUAAAUAGUUGAAUUGCGUGCCAUCCAUGAAAAAAUUAUCUAACACAUGAAAAUAAAAAAUUGUAGAACUCUGCAGUUGAGUUUAAAGCAGUGUGACUAUGUUGCUUAAAUAUUGAAUAUUGUUUGUAACUACCAAAACAACCUACAUAGCUUUUUGGCAAAAGAUAAGGUUCUUAGAUUUAGAAUAAAUGAGUGACAGUAGAGCUGACCUUGUUAUUUGUCAGAUAACAUUUUGAAACUUUUUAAUGUAUCCAUUGGACUUCUAAAAUGUAUUGUGGAUUUCUUGGACCAGUAUCGGAGAGAUUUAUGCUGGAUUGCGCUGUUUUUUGUUAGAAAUAAAGUAUUUAGUAGUUUAUUUCUCUUAUAAUUAAAAUGUCAAGAAUGCCAAAUGCAGCCAGUUUAAUGGUUUAACAGCUACCUCCUUUUAAGAAAGCAAGAUGAUCACCCUUGAAAAGGACAUUUAGUGUUUAAGCCUUGUUGUAAGUAGAUGAUAGAUUUCAACCUUUCAGAAUUGAUAAAAGUGGAAAACUAAUUUGUUUAGAUAUUUUCAGAUGGGAAUGUAGGCAGCUCUUAGUGUGCCAUAAAGGGUCUUUUUUCUUUACUUCAAGGGCGAGUAGCAGCUAUCUACAACAUUCUUGGAUUCUGUUGUCUAAGCAGUCUAAUUUACAGGGCAGGUGGCUAUAGGAGUUGUCAUAGUUUAAAUUACCAGUCAAUAUCAUAAUGUCAGUUAAUUGGAAGGAUAGGAUGACAGGUAAAGUGAGAUGGUAGCAAGACUCCUCUCCUUAUAGUUUUGGUUGUCUUUACAUUGAGAUAAGUUGCCAUCUCUGGCUUUAAAUGCAAUCGUUAAUGUCAUGCUGUAGAGGAUGUAGUUUGACUAAAGUAGCAAGUUUGGGAAUCUGUAAUUACAGAAUCCAUUGUCUUGGUUAUGGGAGAAAAUUUUUUAUUAAAGAAUUUGUAGGGACAUAAACACGAGAUUAGAGAUUACUGCUUCCCAUUAGUAUAACAUUUUUAGUGUCCCACACUACCCUAGAUCACUGCCAUUUUAGCCCUUUGUUUUUAAGGAUGUUCCAAGUGAUAUUUGGGAGAUAUUUGUUUGUUUUAAUGUAAGAGUAAAAUCAGAGGAAUAAUAAAAUUUGCUUUUAUAUUCUCUCUUUCUGCAAAGCAUAAUUUCUCUCAUUGGGGAAGUUCUUAAUUCUUAUGGGCAUUCUGGACCAAAUUUUUAGGUUCAGGGUGGAGUUAAAAGCAGAAGAGGUUUCAGUGAAGGAAGGGGGAAGAGCAUCUAGGAUUUUUUUUUUUUCUUUACAAAGGAAUAAUAUUGUUUUCAAAACAAGUCAUGCUAGGCUGAGAUUGGUUUAUGGAAAAGAAUGCUUGUUAGAAAGUAUGUUUGGUCUUGAGGGAACCCAAAUUAUGGAAUAUGUAUUUGAUGAGAUAGUUGAGGUAUUGAGGAAUCGUGUUUCUGUGGUUAGAAUCAUAGAUUUCAAAAUAAAAUAUGUAAGCAGUGCUGAGGUUAAACAUAAAAAUGAUUGAAAAAAUAAAACUUUUAAGUGGAAAUUUUGCAAGAUACAGUAUAUCUGCCUUAGGUCUUCAUUGAUACACUCAGUUCUCAAGACUCAAGUGCUCUUUAAAGGAGUACUUAAAAUGCUUUGGCUCUUUUUUUUUCUGCAGGACUCAGCCUUACAUCGUUUUAUGCCUAUGAAGCACUGUUUAUAGCUCUAACUCCACAGCCCUGUUUUGUGUAAAGUGUAAUGUAUUUAUCAUUCAGGAAUAGCCAAUACAUUUUUUAAUUACCUAAGGAGUUCUUUUGUCCAUAUUACUAUUUAUUGUCUUCAGUAGAGAAUCAUAAUAGGGUAGAGAAGAAGGGGUGAAUUUUUGGCCUAGGUGAAUCACACAACCACAGUGGAAAAUGGAAUAUUUUCUAGGAGAAAAGCUAGUUAUACCCAUGAUAUUUUCUCACACAAAUAAUUAGUGCCACCUACCUAUACUCAAGUGUACAACUUUUGAAACCAUCUGUGUAGGUGAACAUAGCUCUAUUUAAAGUUUAAAACACUGUGCCUAAUUUGCAUAUCAAUCAGUUGCCUCUCCCUUCUAAAUGAUUAGUGCCAACGUUUUCCUUCCUCAUCCUGAAUGAUGUAGAACUGGUUUUAUAAAAUGCCAGAGUUAUAAACUCUGGAAAUUAAACUUAAGCACAGACCUUCGAGUGUUUUUUGAAAAGCAUAAGCUGUAAAUUCAGAUAAAUUAUACUAUUAAGCUGUACUAUGCAUAGAAGGUAGUGAGUGGUUUUCAGGAAAGACUAUAAUCUUAAAGCAAUAUUUAAUAUUGAAAACAGACACUGUUGGUUUGUAGAGUCCUGCCAAGUAGAACAAAAAUUGCCAAUAAAAUCAGUAUUAGUAAAGAAAUGCCAUGCAAACUUCGGGCUCUAGAAGACAUCUGAGAACUGCCUUCAUUCAAUAAACAUUUAAAUGUUAAUGGUCCAAGUGCUAUUCCAGAUGCCUGAGUUACAGAAAUGAAAGAUAAUCCCUGUUCUUGGGAGGCUCACUCUUAAGGGGUGACAUUACUGAAUUGAUUAGUACAUCCAUUAGUUUACAUAGGUGAACAUAGUGUUGCUGGUAGAAAUUAUGUGUCAGUCUUUGGACAUUUUUUAAGGGCAAAGUAUGGUUUGGUUUUUUUUUUUUUUAGGUAAGAAAUUUGAUUUUUUUCAAAAGUGUGGUGCUAGUGCAGCUAUUCACAUGUGCUAAGUAAUGUGUUUUUCCUCUCACUUUUCCCCUGGAUGAAGGCACUUUCUCUGCCUGUCACUGAUUAGCAGAUACUGACUUGUUGCCAUUAAGUCAACUUGACUUUUUAUGCGUGUUCUAUACUUUUUUGUAUUUUUUCCUGAAAUUGUGAUCUUUCAUCAACUUUUUAAUGACAAAUUUAAUGUAUGUAAUUGUCUAUGCAUUUUAAGUUAAACUGCCUAAAAUGUGAUUUGACACAUGUACAUUUGUUUGUAUUAAGAACUGUAAACAAUCUGAGAUGUUAGGUUUUAUCACCUGCUGCUGUGUUUGUAAACAAAGACAAAUGUUGCUUUAAGAAGUAAUUAUAAUUAGGAAUAGUCUAUGGAUGUGAUACUUAAUAUUUUUUAAGAUAAACUUGUUUGCUUUUGUGUAUUA